AAAAGGACUCUAUUUCUCUGGUCCUGCACUUGUCUUUGAAGGAGAGGAAGCUAUGCUAGUAGCUAUCUCUGAAAAUCCUUCGAGCUUUAAGGGAAAAGCAGUAGUCAUUAGAGGGGUGGGGCCGAAAGGAGGACCAGGCAUGCCUGAAAUGUUGACACCAACAAGUGCAAUAAUGGGAGCAGGUCUUGGGAAGGAUGUUGCUUUGCUCACCGAUGGUAGGUUCUCUGGAGGUUCACGUGGAUUCGUUGUAGGCCACAUAUGCCCUGAAGCACAGGAUGGUGGCUCCAUCCGUCUUGUUCAAAACGGGGACCUCAUCAGCAUCGAUGUUCAGAAGAGGGCCAUAAACGUUGAGUUGACAGAUGCUGAAUUGAACGAGCGGAGAAAGAAGUGGAAUCCGCCUCCUCUCAAGGCUGACAGGGGAGUUUUGCAUAAGUACAUCAAGAGCGUGCAACCAGCUUCAAAGGGGUGUGUAGCAGAUGAAUAAAGGCGGUAUAAGCCGGCGAAUGGAGUAAAAAUCGAGUGAAACAGACCAUCAUCGACGCAUGAAGUCGUUUCGCGUCUCAGUUUAGGUACCCGUCAUAGGCAUCAGAUUAAUGAAAUACUAUAAACUAUUAUUAUGUCAAA